UUGUGGACUGCCUGCCGCUUGGCGUUUUCUCGUUCUCGUGAAUAGAAUGUCCGAGCAGAGUGCCGUGCCAAUGACAGGAAUUUAGUUUUGUUUUUACUGUGUUUUUGUGUGUUUUAGCAUUGCGUUGGCCGUUUCUCGGCCUAGGAUGUGUGCUUUGUGAUACUAGUGCUAGUGAUUUUAGUGUGUAUUUAGUGUAUACGUCGUUAGAUCACUGUUUCCGUCUAUUUGGAUUAAACUAUUCCCUUCGAACCGACGAUCGCGUUCUAGAGACAAGCGUGCACCCAGGAUAAAACGGACUUUUCCUCAUCACUUCUGAUUGGUGAAAUUUUGCCUACAGAGAGACGUGCCAGCUUACAUUUGUCAAGCUAUAGGACUCAAAGGUGAAUGACUAUUGAAUAAGAUGCAGUGUUGGGUGGCGGGGUGCGCCGCGGGGCAGCGACUCGGCGGCGGUGCGGGUAGCCGCGCAGCUCGCCCGGCGGCAUGGCGGCCCCAAUGAGGUCGGGCCAUCAGCAGGACGGCCAGGGCCACCGACCGAGGGUGGCGGACUCCUGCAAGGGGGGCGUGACGACCACGACGACAACGACGGCUACGGCCGCCAAAGGGCCCAUCGCACAGCCGUCUGCCGGCCACCACCACCACCACCAUCACCAUCAUCACCACAACCACCAGCAGACCAACAGUAGUCAGCCGACACCGGCCACAGCAACCAAUUUCGAAUACGAUGACAACGAGUGGGAUAUAGGUAUCGGCGACCUUAUAAUCGAUUUGGACGCGGACAUAGAGAAAACGAACGAGCAGCAACAGCCCCUCGGCGGCGGAUCGGCGGGCUGCGGCGUGGGCAAUAUGGCGGCGAACGCGGGCGCCGGCCCUCAGGCCUCCAAGGCGGCGGCCACCGCUAAGAUGCACAUCGAGCACUCGGCUACGGCGGACAAGGGGCUCAAGAUGAAGAUCAAGCGGACGAAACCGGGCACAAAAACGUCCGAGGCAAAACACGAAAUAGUCAAAUCCAACGAACAAAACGGCGUAGCGGACGCCUCUGAACUGACAGCUAAAGGUGGCACAGCUCAGGGGGGGCCGGGCGUUAACAACAAACACGCGCCUUCGGGUGUGGGGGUUCAAUCCCAGGGCGGCGCCCCUGGGUCCAUGGCCCCGGGGGUCGGUGCGGGUGUCGGAAGUGGACAAAAUUCCUCGUCUUCCGGCUCGUCGUCGUCGUCAUCAUCGUCGGGUUCCAGUGGCGCCGGUUCGGGCGGCACGAGCAGUAAAAGGGGCUCCAGUGGACACCGGAGAGAUAAAGGGUCGAGAGAAAAGCAUACGGACAGAAAUGUACACAAUUCUUCCGCCUCAUCAACCACAUCGAACCCCAUAACCCAACCGAUCUCAUCGUCGUCUUCCAAUCCCUGUUCCACUCCGUCCUCGGACAAAUUACCCCCCAACAACAAAACCCCCGCCGGGAUACCUCCAUCCCCUUCCUCAUUAUCCAGCGGCGGCCUCACCUCGUCGGCCGACAUGAACGGCCUACUGCGCCCCGCCAGCGCUCCCCAACCCGGUCCCACGCGACCUGUGUUCCCUGCCAGCACGGGCCCGGGACCACCGCCACCGUCGCCGGGGCCCCCAGCGAGUCCAGCGGCGGCGACUGCUCCCGGAUCGGCCGCCAAGCCGGAGCAGGCGAAAGUGGGGGGCGGAGUGAAUGGUGGAGUUGUGAAUGUGGCGCAGGGUGGUCAGGAGGAGCAGAGGUUGAACGAUGCGUCGCCGCCGCCUCCUAAGAAGAUGAAGAGUGAACCAAAGGAAACUGCGGAUGUGUGCGUGGGUACUAGUAUAGGUACCAUUACAGAACCGGACUGUUUAGGGCCGUGUGAACCUGGAACCAGUGUCACUCUAGAAGGAAUUGUUUGGCACGAAACCGAAGGAGGUGUAUUAGUUGUUAAUGUGACGUGGAGAGGAAAAACCUACGUCGGUACUCUCUUAGACUGCACCAGACACGACUGGGCGCCACCAAGAUUCUGUGAUUCCCCGACUAGUGACCUCGAUAGUAGGACUCCUAAAGGGAGAGAAACCCGAUCUUCCGUACAUAGUAAACUUCGUAAUGGUGGCGGUGUUAAGGGCGGCCGUAGGGGCGUGGCCAAUGGGGCGGGUCCUGCCAACGCGCCGGCGUCUCCUGCCCCUUUUGUUCCUCCCCGACCCGACAACAAGCGGAAGAGUCGAGCAGGCGAAGAGGAAACUCCCCCCGGCAACGGUAAAAAGGCGAAAAUCGUCGUUCCACCUACAGCCACACCCGUCACGGCCACGCCCGCCCCGUGCGGCAGCCCGCCCCCUUCUCCUAUAUUACUCGAAUGUCCGGAACCGAAUUGCUCCAAGAAGUACAAGCAUAUCAACGGAUUGAAAUAUCAUCAGUCUCACGCGCACGGAUCUAUAGCUGAGGACGAUGAUACUAAAGACGUAACUUCGAUGUCAGAAAAUGACGAAUCUAAUAUCGAAGCUCCUAGUCCUGUUACACCUGUGAAAUCCCCUGAAAAAAGCCAAGAUAGUCCUCCUACGCCGGUGAAGAAAGAGAGCAGCGCGAUAGAGGUACCAUCUAUUCUUGGAAAUACCAAUGAAGGUGGUAGCACGCCUCCUUCACCUGCCACACCUCAAAGCGUUCACGAGUUGCCAGCAGUAGCUACUAGUACUCCUAGUAUACCCAUGGUGGAUGCUGUUACAGGAAAACCACAGGCAGUGGUUAAGCCGGCUAUUCUUCGAUAUGGUUCUUCCGAAGAAUAUUCUGCACCUCCCGGAGGAGUAGGCCUAUUUUCUUCGAGUGUAAAACCUCCAGUUCAAGUCGUUUCUCCUAUAACGAACACCAGUCAACUCAUAUCAAGUCGACCAAGCGCUCCUGUUACCGAUCAAGUACCUGCUCAGCAGGAAAUCGUGCAGCCGCAAUCUUUUGCUAAUCAAUUACAAUCUCAUAUUUCUCCACAACCCUUUAGCCAGCCACCAAAUAUUAUCAUCCAAAAUCAGAAUACUUCCAAUCCCCAAAUCAACUCACAGUUGUCCCCUCAUCAGCAUCCCCCACCUUCGCCCACUCAAGCUGUAAAAUUGUCUCAGUUUAAGGUUAAACCUACCUCGGCCCUAAUGCCUGAGGAUAAGAAAUCUCAACAGAUGCCCCAACCACCUCAACCUCAAAACGGUGCUAAUUUACAGAAACCUCAAAGUUUUAAGAAGAAAAAUCGCAAGUCUCCCGCUGGAAGUCCUCAUCCGAGUCCAGCCGACCAACCGGUAUUCGGGUUAGAUCAAAGUGGCCGUGAUGAAGUCCAAAGUCCAGCUUAUUCAGAUAUUUCUGAUGACGGUGCUCCUGUGGAGUCUGACGGGGACAAAAAUAAAAAUUCAGACAAGAAUACUGACAGCGGGCAGGCGCUUCCUCAUAUGAGCCAGUAUGGCAUUUUCCCUUUCUAUUCUACGCAACAGCAUCAAUAUAUUGUUCCCAAUCAACAGCAGCAACAGUUAGAACCUGGAAACAAACCCAAAGAAUCGGAGAAAGUGGUAGAUAAAUCUCAGAGUGAGAAAGAGGGAAAGAAAGAGGGUUCAGAAUAUCCUCCGAAAAUGCUUCAACAGCAUUAUUAUCCAUACUACAUGCCAGGAUAUCCGUAUAAUAUGGAUCCAAAUUAUGGAAGUGUUCCUAUUCAGCAGGAUGACAAACAUAAGGAAGACAGAGUGAAGGAAAGUCCGAGUCCUAUAGAGCAACCUGUAAAGCAGCCGGCGCCAAUUCCCAAUCCCAUUCAAGUUCCUAUACCGGGAAAACCAAAACAGACGGAGAAUAAAGACAAACAUCAAAACGAAAAUCAUCAGAUUAUUAAAGAAAGUAUCGAAAUUAAAAACCAAAUGAAUCCGUACAUGUAUUCCCGUCAACCGCCGCCCCAACCUCCUCAACAACAGCAGCCGCAACAGGUAUCUCAGCAUCAUGGUCAUCGCGAGGAAGAUGCGAGAAGAUAUUAUGCCUAUGAACAGCAAAGACGAAAAGGAGAAAUUUUAAAAGAGCAACAGCUACAGCAGCAAGCACUUUCUGAUCUUGGUAAGCAAAAUAAUCCUUCAUUAAAUAAGAUGGCGGUGCCACCCAGUCCUAAUAUGAAGUCUAAAGAAGUUAAGAUAGAGGAUAAGAAAGAAAAGGACAUUAAGCAGGAGGGUGUAAAACCUACAAUGGAAACGCAAGGACCUCCACCUCCUCCUACUUCACAAUACGCCUACAUUCACCCAGGUUAUAUGCAGUCAGCCCAUUAUGGCGCAUUGCCUUUCGACCCCAGCCAUCCGGUGUAUCGUGGCCUCAUGGUUCCAGGAGCCUAUAGCAGUACUCCGUAUCUACAUCCACAGAUACCUCGGUAUCACGCUCCAGAAGACCUUUCGCGAGCCCAACCCCCUAACAAGACGCUGGAUAUGCUUCAGCAUCACGCGCAGUAUUAUUCUUCCCACAAAAUUCACGAACUGCAAGAGAGAGCUAUCAAGUCUCCAACUCCUAAAACUUCAGUGGCCAGUUCAAGUCCCUCGACUAAUAAUCCGCCGCCUACUGGACAAAGUCCCGCUCAAAUUAGCGUUCCUCCUACCAGUCAGCCGAGUACAACGGCUCCUUCGAAUGGAAAACAAACUCCUGGAGAGAACAAGGACUCCAGAUCACCCCCGCCUCAGAGACAUGUACAUACUCAUCACCACACCCAUGUAGGACUCAGCUAUCCCAUGUAUCCAGGUCCAUAUGGAGCUACUGUACUAGCUAGUCAACAGGCGGCAGCCGUUACAGUAAUAAAUCCUUACCCGACCAAGUGAAAGCCCGGAGCAAAAUUUAAAUCAGUGUCAUAAAGUGACUUUUAAGCAUUCCAAAUAGAUGUGUUUAAUUAGUGUGCACUGCUCAUUUUUGUAUAUCAUUCAGCCUCUUUUUGUGGCACGCCACUGGUCGGCGACAAUCACUGUAUCAACAGUAACGUCGGGAGAAGGAAAAUUAAUGAAAAAAGUAAACAGUGAACGUAUAUAUGUGUGAAGUGUUUUUAGGUACAAAAGGACUAUGUUUAUGGACGACAAGGAAACUAAACAAAAUAAUUAACACUUUGAUACGAUUGUAGAGUGAACCUGACUGACUGAUGGUGUGUCCCAAAAUAGAAUAAUUAACGAAUUAAUUUUCUAUAGAAACACUGCUGUUUUGCAAUGCAAACGUGUAUUGUAAAUGAUUUAUUUUCUGUGUAUAUAGUGUAAAGGCAUAAUGUCUUUAUCAAAGUCAUAUAAGAUAGUAAAAAGUAGUAGACUGAUAAUUUACCUAUUUAGGGUAUAUGUAUUUUUUAAUGUCAAACUUUUGUCUUCUUUUUUAUUUAAUUGCUUUAAGAUGAAAAGGUACAUGCGUCUUUAAAACUGCUCAAAAAUGGAGUUUUAAUAUUUGCAUUUUACAUAGUGUGUUUAAGAAUAGAAGUAAUUACAUUGCAAAUUAAAAAUUAAAUCCUAUAUUUUUUUUCUUGUAAUUUGUACCCUAAGGCAUAUUUAAUAGUAAAUUGCAUGCAAUUUUCUGUAAACCAUUCUGUCACUUUAAAUAUAGAAAAGCUUUUCUAUAUAAAAAAAAGUUUAAAAAAUUAUAUAAAACUAUUUUUUUUAAAUACCACAAGCCAGUGGCGUGCAUUUAAUGUACGCAAAAAAGCGUUGCCUACCCAGACAAAAUCUUAAAAUUUGUUUUUUUUACGUAAUUACAUUUAGAUCAUUAAUAAUCCCACAAAUAUUAGCAGUAAGCAUUUUUUUAUCUUAUUUUUAUUCUAGAGAGUACAUAAUAUAAAUUGAAAUUAUUCUCAACUACUGUGUUAUGGGUCAAUUCUCAUCUAAUAUUUGUCAAAAAGGCGCUUCAUAUGAUUUACGCGAAGGCGGAUUCAUUUACAUUAUAUUGGCUCUAACGGGAAUGUAAAGGCUGUGUCUUUGCGAAUCACGUACUCUGCAGACUGCAGUUACUGGAAGGCCAAUGUGUAAGAAAGAAAUAGAAUGAUGAAGUCACGCGUAAUUAGUUCGGUCAGUGCCGAUCGGUGCCAAAUAUGAAACAUUUUCCCAAAAUUUAGAGAAAAAAGUUAUUAGUAUAAUAAUUAAUUAAUUACUUAUGCUACUUUUAUUUUAUCAUUACUUAUACCAAUUUUUGCCUACCCUGGUCUGAUUAGCACUGCACGCCACUGCUAUAAGCACAGCUAAACCUGGGGCUAUACUACUGCCAAACGUUAUUUUAUUGUGAUAUAAUAUAAAGAACUAAUAAAAUAUUCUGUACUGUCAUUAUGAACUUCUAUACAUAAUUAGGUUUAAAGACAGAUUUGAUAUUACCUGCAUUUUGUAGUAAAAAUAAUAAUUAUCAAUUAAAAUAAAACAACAAAUAUGCUAAAGUUGUGGUGCAAUGAUUACAAUAUUAAUACAGCCUUAGAUCAUGUAAACUGUAUAGAAGUCUAAGAAUAACAGAAUAUAUUAUAAAAUAUAUUUAUUUAUUGAGUAAAAAGACCAAGGAAAGAGUAUAUAUAUUAUCAACAAAUCAGCAUAGGUAUGUUAAUAUGACUGACUUAUAUUCCGGCUUAUCAGUGGCGUUCUAAUUUUAUUUAAAAUUAAGUAGACUCAAUAAUUUUUGUUUUAGGUUGAGCCAAUAAAUGAUGAUUAUUUAAUAACACUAAUAUGUAUUACUCUACUGAAACAACCAAGACAAAUUGACGUAUAGUAUUCUAAUUAUAUUUUUGAUAAGUUGUAAAUAGAAGCGAAAAUGCAACAUCGAGUUCUGACACAAUGUUAUUUCUAAUUUUGUCACAUUGCAUAAAACUAAUAACAAAGUCAAAACUGAUAAGGUAUCAUAACGUCGCGUCUAUUUCUUUUCUAAUGCUUGAAUAUAAAAAUGGUAUUAAACUCCUCCCUUAGUCUUUAUAUGCAAUGGUUAUAAAUGUAUUCAUGUUAUUUUAUAUGAUUAAGGAUUAAUGGAAAUAAAAUAAAGCACUGAUAGAUUGACGCAUGUACUUUAAUACAUUGUCGUUUCAGUUUUAUUGAGACGGCGUUGUUGUAUAUUUUUUUUACUUUACAAAUUGGAGUCUGUACAACCUGUAAUAUUCUGUACAUAAAAAGGUCCUGUCUCAUAAACUUCCUCGGUCAUGACAAGUUAUAUUUAUUGAGACGCGUGCGCGAUAAUGACAAUAUUUUAAUUUAUAUGUUGUUGUUAGACAUGUUCAUGUAUUUGUGUAUAUUAAAUUCUGUUAAGAUUUUUUUAUUAGAUAAAUGUUUUAUUUAUAUAUUUAAGGUUAUAUUUAGUUGUAGUGUAUAUUGUGAUAAACUAAAAUAUAAAAUGAAAUAAUUUUGAUGAUCGCAGAAGCUAAAUUAAUUAUACAGAAAAUUACCUUCUGUACAGACUACAAGAGGCUUAUGUGUAAAGUUGCUUAAUAAAAAAUCAUGGAUCCAAGAA